AAACUGCCAUCACUCAUCAGUCAUCACUCAUCACUGACUUGCGAAUUGCGAUAGAUCCACACAUUGAUAGCCCAGCAAGCUCUUUAAAUUUGCUUGUUUGCACCGUGCUGAGUGAUCCAGCUAAUAACAUACUUACAAAAAAAAAGGCUCAAGAAGCCAUGGGGUGCUUGCUCCGCCGGCUGUUCCCCUUCUUGGUCGGCACGGCCGUCGGGGUGUACGCGGCGCAGAACUACAAGGUGCCCAACAUCCGCCACCUCGCCGACCGCGGCGCCGACGCCGCCAGGCGCUACGAGGAGGCCUACCGCAAGAAGCCUGCCGUCAUGGACGACGACGGGAGCAGCACCGGCGCCCGCGGCAGAAAGAAGAAGGUGGUGCAGCAGGUGGACAAUAUUGACGACGACGAAGAGUAGCCACAGGUGUGGUUGAUCGAUGCGUCUCUGCAUGCAUGCCUGACGACGGACACGGAGCAUGUUGUUAAUUAGUAACAUUAUUACAGCUAGUGUGGUAGUUGCGCUGCAUACAGAGUAGUGUGAGUGGGGAUGGUAGUGUUAUUUGUCGCUUUAGGUUUCCUCGAUUUACCUUGUACUACAAUAUGGCUAUGACUUCGAUGUGAAUUAUUGAA